UGGUGAAGAUUCAAACGUCAGAAAUUCACAAUAAAGUUUUUGGUUUGUUUACAAAUUACUAAAUAAUAAGUAUCCCUCAGUUUUGAUCAAAUAUUUUUUAUUGCUUACUCAAAUGAGACUAUUUUGACAUGGACGACGAUGACUACUGGAAUACGAGCGAGACGAAAGCUAAGGCUUUCAGUUUCGACGAUGAUGUCUUGUCGCCACAAGAAAUACUAGCAAUAGGUCAGAAAUCUUACCCUGGGCAGAACAAUGAGAGUGUCAUCAAUACUAGUAUCAGCAAUGCAAAAACACAACUGCUGCCAUUGUCUAGUUUGGUCUCGCCUAAAGUUUUGGACUUGAUUGUUCUUGCACAAUCCGGAAAAGACCCCAACAUUAGAACAGAGACUGAGCAAAAUGUGGCGGUGACAAUAAAAAGACUGGUGCUGGGUCGCAGUGUAUCGCUGCGUUGUCACAGGAGCCUGAAGAGUAAAACAGAAUUGCUUGAUGGUGCGGUGGCUGUAGGCGAUGGCAAUGCUAUAAUAACUGUGGUGCUAUUCUUAAUUCAAACCUUAAACAAAAAGCUCGUAUACGAAUUACUAUCGGCGCGCCCUUUAGCUCUAAACCACUAUAUUAGUUUUCUACAGACAGAAGGAAAAGUGUCUGAGCUUACUGAUCUACUAACGAUGCUCGGGCGGAGUCCAGACGCUGCAAUAUACCAGUUUCAACACAUAAUUAAAACUCAAGGUAACGGAGUGGAUGGGCUACUGAGAAAGUUGAAUAAUUUAUUGUCAAACCAUUUCAAGCAACCCGGCGUUGACGCCCACCAGGCCAAAAUGGUGACCGACUAUGUUAAACUGUUGGAAUGGCAGAAAUGCACCAACAAUCCGGAGUUGAGCAACAAAUCAACACUGCACUGCUUGGCGUAUUGUUGUGCGCAGCACUGGCACGAGGGCGCUGGCAACAUGAUGUCGCCGCUCACGCUUUGCCAACGACAACAGGUACCCCCCGUGCAAUAUGACUGGGUGCUUCUUAAUGUACAUGGCGACUCCAACAAAUGGGAUAUCGUUGAAUCUAUGUUCACAAAGAAAGAUUGGCUCGGCCGUACAACCGUGUCAUCUAACAUACCGAUGGAGACAUUGCUGGCGAGGUUAAGCGAGUUGGCGGCCAGUAAACAAAUGUUGGCCACCUGCCUCAACAAGCUGCCAAGCUCCGACGACAGAUUGAGGCUUGCGCAGAAAUACAAGGUCCAUUCCGUGGUAAUAGAAACUCUGGCGAAGCAAAAGGACAGAACUACCCUCACAAACUACAAAAUGACCUUGAGCCCGCAGUCUGAGGAAUAUAUACUGGCUGAAAACACACUCAGAAACUCCUCUAUAAAAUGGAAGAACUGAUACCUAGUAUGUCUGUGUUCCUGCAUGAUAUUAAUAUUAUAUAAUUUAUCAAUGGGAGGCAUAUGGUAUGAAGGAGCGAUGGAUUUUUGGUGUCCCAAGUUGAUGGAAUGGCGAGAAGACAAAUGUUGUUUUUUAUAAAUUAUUAUAAAAAAAUCAUAUACCCCGAUUAUAUCCCCUGAGAAGGCAUAAAAAGAAGACUAAUCAAGAAGAUUAUCCACGUAUAUUAUUUGGUUGUGCAAUGCUCGGAGAGUAAAUAAAAAUGUGGGAGAAAAUAAUUUUUUAUGGUCCUUACCAGACGAAGAGAAAAAGGUGUUGAAAACCAAAAGAGAAGUCUGACCUUGACGUACUUUAGUUGCUACAUCAUCAGCAUCAUCAUAUCAACCAUUUACGGACCCACUACAGGGUUCGGGUCUCCCCCCACAAUGGGAAGGGGCUAAGGCUUUAAUCCACCACGCUGGCCCAGUGCGGAUGGGUGGACUGGCGUGACACACACCUUUGAGAACAUUAUCGAGAACUCUUAGGCAUGCAGGUUUCCUCACGAUGUUUUCCGUCCCCGUUUAAGCACAUGAUAUUUUCAAUUGCUUAAAACGCAUAUAACUU